UGUAGUAACACGUCACUCUUCCGAGCUUCAGGAACCGGCCGGGGUUGAAUCCUGUUCGACGAAUUGCUGUACACUUUCAAUGUUAUUGUAAAUUAUCUAAUUCGGUUCUUCGUCGAUUAAGAAGUUGUUCACACUGCCAUGGCGACCUACCAAGAGUUCAUCCAACAGAAUGAAGAUCGUGAUGGAAUACGAUGCAGUUGGAACCUGUGGCCCUCCAGCCGACUGGAGGCCACACGGCUAGUGGUUCCUGUUUCCUGCCUCUACACACCUCUCAAAGAAAGACCGGACCUGCCGCCCGUGCAGUACGAGCCGGUGCUGUGUAGCCGGGCCAGCUGCAAAGCUGUACUCAACCCACUCUGUCAAGUGGACUUCAGAGCAAAGAUAUGGGCCUGCAACUUCUGUUUCCAGAGGAACGCUUUCCCUCCAUCGUAUGCUGGCAUUUCAGAUGUGAAUCAGCCCGCCGAGCUCAUGCCUCAGUUCUCCACCAUCGAGUACAUAGUGCAGCGUGGGCCUCCAACACCCCUCAUCUUCCUCUAUGUGGUGGACACAUGUUUGGAAGAGGAAGACCUCCAAGCCCUGAAAGAAUCCCUGCAGAUGUCCCUCAGCCUGCUGCCACCCAACGCCCUGGUGGGUCUCAUAACCUUCGGCCGCAUGAUUCAGGUGCACGAGCUCAGCUGCGAAGGCAUCGCCAAGAGCUACGUUUUUCGCGGCACUAAAGAGCUCACGCCUAAACAGAUACAGGAGAUGCUGGGGUUGAUGAAACCAGCCACCUCUGGACAGCAAGGCAAACCACUAGCCCCUCAUGAUGAUUCCGCGUCCUGCCGAUUUCUGCAGCCUGUGGAGAAAGUCGACAUGAACCUGACCGACCUUCUGGGGGAAUUGCAGAGAGACCCCUGGCCCGUUCCUCAGGGCAAGAGACCUCUCCGCUCCACGGGAAUUGCCCUUUCCAUUGCCGUGGGACUGCUUGAGGGCACUUUUCCAAACACAGGUGCCCGUAUCAUGCUGUUCACCGGUGGCCCUCCAACUCAGGGGCCCGGUAUGGUGGUGGGAGAUGAACUCAAGACCCCCAUUCGCUCCUGGCACGACAUUCAGAAAGACAACGCUCGCCAUCUGAAGAAGGCCACUAAGUAUUACGAGGCUCUGGCAAACCGCGCAGCGGUAAACGGACACGGUGUUGAUAUCUACGCCUGUGCGCUGGAUCAGACGGGACUGCUGGAGAUGAAAUGUCUGGCUAACCUCACAGGGGGACACGUUGUAAUGGGCGAUUCUUUCAAUACAUCUCUGUUCAAGCAGACCUUUCAGAGAGUCUUCGGCAAAGACUACAGCGGAGAGUUUCGCAUGGCGUUUGGUGGCACUUUGGAAGUGAAGACCACGAGAGAGCUGAAGGUAGCCGGUGCAAUUGGGCCGUGUGUGUCGCUCAACACCAAAGGGCCAUGUGUUUCAGACAAUGAAAUGGGCGUAGGAGGAACAUGCCAGUGGAAGAUUUGUAGUCUAACGCCUGCCACCACCCUAGCUUUAUACUUUGAAGUAGUUAACCAGCACAACGCCCCUGUCCCGCAGGGUGGAAGAGGAGCUGUUCAGUUUGUUACGCAAUAUCAGCACUCAAACACUCAGCGACGGAUCCGCGUCACCACCAUUGCCAGGAACUGGGCUGACGCACAGUCACAGAUCCAGCACAUCGAGUCGUCAUUUGAUCAGGAGGCCUCUGCCGUAUUAAUGGCCCGGCUUGGCGUAUUCAGGGCAGAAUCAGAUGAGGGGCCUGACGUACUCCGCUGGCUCGACAGGCAGCUCAUUCGCUUGUGUCAGAAGUUUGGACAGUUCAACAAGGACGACCCGAACUCAUUCAGACUCUCUGAGUCUCUCUCGCUUUACCCACAGUUCAUGUUCCACUUGAGAAGAUCACCGUUCCUGCAGGUGUUUAAUAACAGUCCAGACGAGUCGUCUUACUACAGGCAUCACUUUGUGCGACAGGACCUGACACAGUCUCUCAUCAUGAUCCAGCCCAUCCUUUACUCAUACUCAUUCUACGGUCCUCCAGAGCCUGUUCUUCUGGACAGCAGUAGUAUCCUUCCAGACCGCAUUCUGUUGAUGGACACUUUCUUCCAGUUGGUGAUCUUCCACGGAGAGACCAUUGCUCAGUGGAGGAAGGCAGGUUAUCAGGAGAUACCCGAGUAUGAGAACUUUAAACAGCUUCUUCAAGCCCCUCUGGAUGAUGCUGAGGAGAUCCUGCAGACACGCUUCCCCAUGCCCAGAUACGUCGACACAGAGCACGGAGGUUCACAGGCCCGUUUCCUUCUGUCUAAAGUCAAUCCAUCCCAGACCCACAACAACCUCUAUGCUUGGGGCCAGGAGUCCGGCGCACCAAUUCUCACCGAUGAUGUUAGUCUACAAGUUUUCAUGGACCAUCUCAAGAAACUGGCUGUUUCCAGCUCUGCUUAAAUUUUCCAUUGGCCGACGAAGAAUGUAAAUUUAGAGUGGAAAGAACAUUUGACUUUCCUUUCUGGAAAAACGCAUGUCCAUGACCGACCGUUGUUCCAUGACAAACCCUGACGCUGCGAAAUGCAUCUCCAUCUAUGUUAAAGGCCCUCCAGAGAAAUGCUUGUUUGAUGUGUACGAUUCUUACCCGCAUAAGUAAUUAUGAUUGUUUAAUUUAUGUGUUUGUUUAUUUUCUGUUUUUAGAUAUGUCUGUCUUGUUUGCAUAUUUAAUUGAUUUAGUUCGUUUGGUGUUUGUCUAACAAAAAAGUGUUACGUUUAAACAGUAAAACAAUAAGCUUUGAACAAAA